AUGGCUUCUGUCGCCACGGACACCACCACGGCAGCAGGCGACACGAAACCUAUUUAUCCUACCUACACCUUCAGCUUUACGCCUUUCCUCCGUACAAAUGGCCUCGCUACCCUUGCCUCUACAGUACCCGUGUGUCCUGACUAUGCCUCAAACGGUCACUGUCCACGUGGGCGUCGGUGUCCCGAUCGCCAUCCUACACCCGGCGAGCCUCCCCAGCACCACUAUGGUCGGAACAACGACAACUACGUCUGCAAACACUGGCUCAAAGGUCUUUGCAAGAAAGGUGACACGUGCGACUACCUCCACGAGUAUAAUUUGCGGAAGAUGAGCGAGUGCCAAUUCUUCAACCAGAACGGUUAUUGCCAAAACGGCGACGAGUGCCUCUACGUCCAUGUCAAGGAAGAUUCGAAGCUGCCUCUUUGCGAAGACUACAAUCGAGGAUUCUGCGAAAAGGGGCCCAGAUGUGGAAAGAGGCACGUCAGGAGAAGGCUGUGCGAAUUCUAUCUGGCCGGCUUCUGUCCGGAUGGUAAAGAGUGCAAACAUGGUGUUCAUCUUAAAAGCGGUGGUGCCGCAGGGGAGAAAGGAGGCGAACCCCAAAGACGGGAGAGAAUGGUAGAACCGGAAAAGAAGGAGGAUGAGUCACGCAAAGAAUUUGGUUGGAAAGGUGGUCGGGCUGCGAAAGGCGGACGAUGGAGGAAUAAGCGAGAGAGGAGAUGA